GCUAUAUGACAAAAUAAUUAAAUGUAAACGUUUACGUUUUCUUCUGCGUAAUAUCCGCUCUGAACAUCUCACUUCCUGUCUUCUUCCUUCUUGUAACGUUAGCACAGCAAUGGCGUCCUGUUGUGAGGAGUCUGUUACAGCCACCGAAGAGGAGCCAACUGAAACGGCAGCGUCCGAGAAGAGAGAGGCGAGACUGCGGAAAUUUCGAGAGUUACAUUUCAAACGGAAUGAAGCACGCAAACUCAAUCACCAGGAGGUUGUGGAGGAGGACAAGAGACUGAAACUCCCUGCUAACUGGGAGGCUAAGAAAGCCCGGCUGGAGUGGGAGCUCGCUGAAGAUCAGAAGAAAAAGGCUUGUGCUGACAGAGGAGAGGACUAUGACAGAGUGAAACUGUUGGAAAUCACUGCUGACGAUGCAGAGCGGUGGGAGAGGAAGAAGAAGAAGAAGAAUCCAGACACAGGAUUCGCAGGUUAUGCAGAGGCCCAAUUGCGACAGUACCAAAGGCUCACCAAGCAAAUCAGACCAGACAUGGACAGCUAUGAGAAGCAGAGGGAAGAAUACGGUGAGGACUUCCACCCCACAUCCAAUAGCCUGAUCCAUGGCACCCAUGUCCCUACAAAGGAGGGCAUUGACCGCAUGGUGGAAGAUGUUGAGAAACAGAUCGAGAAGCGGGCCAAGUACAGCAGACGCAGGGCCUACAAUGACGACGCAGACAUCGACUACAUUAACGAGAGGAAUGCCAAGUUCAACAAGAAGGCGGAACGUUUCUAUGGAAAAUACACAGCAGAGAUCAAACAAAACUUGGAGAGAGGAACAGCAGUCUAGUGGAUCCAGUCAUCUCAGCGGACAUGUCGCUGUUUGAGCUUUUUGUCUUCAUUGAGGAGUCUUGGAUGCAUCUUUUUCUUUUCAGGACUUGCUGCAUACCAAGUGUGUUAGCAUACUGAAAUGGGCUUCUGAAUUAAAAAGGCAGUGUUUUGUUUUGUUUUGUUUUUUUUUUUCAUAUAUCAUGCUGAUGUUUGAAAGAUAAUUACAUAUUCUGUAAAAUAUGUAAUGUGUAGUGUUCUUUGUACAGUAUUAGAUGUUAAAACAACAGUUAUAAUUCUUCUUAUUCUUUAUUUUUAAAUAAACCACUUACAAUUA